UGUGGUUCUCCAAAGACUGAAGAGCAGAGAAGAGGAAAAUCCCAGUCCGUGUUUUUAUUAUAGAGAAUUAGGAGCUGCUCUGCUGCAGAAUCACCUGUUGUUGCAAGUCUUCUGCAGCUCCUCAUGUCCAUGUUCCUGGAGAGUUUAAACUGACUUCAAUAAACACCACCAGAAAGUCUACCUCUCCAUGUUGUCAUCAGAAGAGAUCAAAUGUGAGAAUGUGGUGUCUGAAGGCUCCAGCACUCAGCAAACAUUCUUUGUUAUUCUCCAAAAUAAUUCAUUGCUCAGUAAUCCAGCAACAUGUAAUAGGAAUCGAAGAAUUCACCAUUGUUCAGAUUGUGGGAAGAAUUUUGCUGCGCAGAGUGACCUUCAGAGACACCAGCGCAUUCACACAGGGGAGAAACCGUAUCCGUGCUCAGAGUGUGGGAAGAGUUUUACUCGACAAAGUAUUCUCACAAAACACCAGCGCAUUCACACAGGAGAGAAACCCUUUGACUGCUCUGAAUGUGGACACAGUUUUACUGCACUAAGUGAUCUCCAAAGACACCAGCUUAUUCACAAAGGGGAGAAGCCUUACAGCUGUUCAGAGUGUGAACAGUGUUUUCGAGAAAGUGGUGCCCUGAGAAGACAUCAGCGCAUUCACACUGGAGACAAACCCUAUUAUUGUUUAGAGUGUGGGAAGAGUUUUAGAGAGAGUGGUACCCUCAAAAAACACCAGCGCAUUCACACAGGAGAGAAACCGUAUCAGUGCACAGAGUGUGGACAGAGUUUUAAUCAACAGUUUCACCUCAAGAAACACCAGCGCGUUCACACUGGUGAGAAGCCGUAUUACUGCUCAGAGUGUGGACAAAAUUUUAGUACAAAUGGCACCCUCAAAGCGCACCAGCUCAUUCACAAAGGAGAAAAACCAUUUUCCUGUUCAGAGUGUGGACAGAGUUUUAGAGAGAGUGGUGCCCUCAAAAAACACCAGUGGAUUCACACAGGAGAGAAACCGUAUCAAUGCUCAGAGUGUGGACAGGGUUUUAGAAAGAGUAGUGCUCUUAAAACACACCAGCACAUUCAUUCAGAACAGCUUCAUGUACAUGCACCAAACUUUUGAACGUACAAUAUAUUACCAAAAGUAUUUGCUUACUCAUCCAAAUCAUUGAACUUGAGUUCCAAUCACCUCCAUGGCCACAGGAGUAUAAAAACCAACAACAUAGGCAUGCAGACUACAUGAUUCUCCAAAUAUUAGUGAAACAAUAGGGACUGUUACAGUAUCCCUAACCAUUGACUGUGGAAUAUUUAGCAAAGUGGCAGCAACAGGGAACAAAUGCAACUCUCUCUGUCAACAUAAAAUAACAGAUGCAAAAUGAAGCAUAGUGCAUGGAGGUUGCCAACUUAGAACCUAGACAGGCAGACUGCUUCUACAAACAUUAGUAAAAGAAUGGGUCUUUCUCAGGAGCUCAGUGAAUUCCAGCAUGGUACCAUGAUAGGAUGCAGCACCUGUACAACAAGUCCAGUCAUGAAAUUUCCUCACUACUAGGCCUAUAAACAACAAACAAUAAUAUUGUCAUUUUAACGGGGAAUUAUAAAAAAAAUGCUUUUUCCUGCUUCUGGGCUCCCAAAGGAGCUUCAAGACAGUGUGUCACAGUAAUAAAAUACUAGCAUAAUAAUACUAUUACACUAUUUUACAGUUAAACUAAACUUUUUAUUAUUAAGAACAGAAACUGUGCUUCCAAUAUACAAAUAUCUUAAUGUCCAAAAUAACUAAAACAAAUAAAGAACAAGCAUCCUGGACUCUGAGAAAACUGCAAUAAAUAUUCAACAACAAAAAUUAACAACAUUUACAUUUAAUUCAAUAUUCAUAUUCAGUAUUCAGCUCGAAAAAAUUGGGCUGGGUGGUUGUGCUUUAAAUGAGAUCUCAGAUUUGUUUUCACUGUUUUGAAUCAAGUCAACAUACCGGCUGCUUCGCGUUGAUGUUCUCCUUGCUCAUUUGGCUUAAAGCCAAAAUACUCGCACACACCGUAAGUCCAUUUGGACUUCUAAAAAACCUUCUAAACUCUCUCUAAAGCGGUUUAGUUAAGAGAAAGUCCUCGAAUACAUUCGCAAGCACACGUUUGCUCGGCUGUGUGUGUAAGUGUGUGUGUGCGCGCGCGUGUGCAGACGCCGUCACUGAUGAGCUCCGCCUGCCACUACACUAAUUUCCUAACCAAUAGACGUCGCUGUCAGCGAGAGAGCCACACAGCGCGACUCGUUCUCAUGUAAACAAACUCACGUGCCCAAUGGCUGUUAUCGACGUUGGCAAAAAUGAUCGCGAUUAAAAAAAUGAUCGUACGAUAAGUCCAUAACAUAGUUAUCGCGACAGGCCUACUCACUACUAAACAUUCCACAGCCAACUGUCAGUAAUUUUGUAAUAGUAAAAGUGGACACAACUUGCUCUAUCAGUGUAAAAUAACAGAGUGGGGUCAGCAGAUGCUGAAGAGCAUAGUGCACAGAGGUUCUCAAUUUUCUGCAUGUGGCCUUAAGACUUGCUCAAGAACUGUGCAUAGAGAGCCUUACAUCCCCAAACGCAAUGCAUGGCAGUUAAGCAAGUGCUUUUGGAAAUAUUGUGCAUCUGUGGUUUCUGGCAUCAAGAAAUUUCAGAAGAUUCUCUUUAGUCCUGUAAGUUGUCAGGUGAUGCUGCUACUGAUAACACUUCCACAGGUAAACAUAGAACAUGUACCUUGUUAUCAACGCAAUGGGAAAGAACACAGAGUAGAUCAUCUUCUUCGAUUGCAGGUACUCAUCAAUGCUGAUUGAAAACCAAUUUCAUACCCUGCUGUUUUGGAAGUUUUGGAAACUCUCCAGCCAUAACCACAAUGUCUUGGGUCUUCACACUUCCCGUUCUUCACAUCCAACGUGUCCAAUACAAUAACAGACUAGUUAGUUAUUGUCUAAAAAUAAUUCAAGACCAUCACCGACAGCUAUGUUACCACAUCAUCAGCACUGUUCACUCCAUUUUGGAGGAAUGUUUUAGCUCACUGUUGUAGAUGUGGAGGAAAUAUUUAUACAUAAUGUGUAAAAAAAAAAUGUCUAUCUAUGGAUUUGUGGUUCAUUGAUGGAUUGUAUUCCACAUGGUGCAUGGUGGUGUGAAUGAUUAAAAAUAAAUGAGAUUAAUGUAAA